AGGAAACUCCGAAAGCGGAAGUUGUCAUUAGCCGCGACUUUCAGACUUUCACAUGUUAGCAUACGGCUAAAGCUAGUAACGUAUACAUGACGUCUCUGUUAUAAACAAAGUUUGCAUUGAUUAUCAGUAUUGAUUAAGUUCACUUUCCAGCGUAUAUUGUAUAUUUUAUGUUCUCAGCAGUGAAUGCUGAAAGAAGUGAAUGAACUCCUCAGUCAUUACACUGAUAUACUGUAGCUUGAAAUAACCAGUAAGACACAUGAUUAUUUGAUUAGAUUGAUCGUGUGAAUCAUCGGUGAUCGAUCAUGCAGAAGGACUCGAGACUGAUAAAGACCUCCGCGCCCUCGGUGUCUCAGAUUAACGCGGAAUAUGUCACUCAGCUUUCAAACAAAUACUGGGCGCCUCAUGUCAAGAAUAAAUUACCAUUUGACCCUCAGGUCAUUGAAGACAUUUAUCAGAAUGAGAUUAUCAAAUCAAAAUUUGCCAUCAGAAAGAUCAUGUUGUUGGAGUUCAGCCAGUACCUGGAGAACUACCUGUGGGUGAACUACACACCUAAAGCCUCCACCAACAGCUACCUGAUGUCCAUCUGCUGCAUCGUCAACGAGAAGUUUCGUGAAAACGUUCCUGCCUGGGAGGUCUUUAAGAAAGCGCCCACACACUUCCCUCACUUCUUCAGGUGUGUGAUGGAGUCGUGUCUGUCGGGCGAGCAGCUCGGCCUGUCGCUGAAGGAACAGACGGUGCUGCUGCUCUUCCUCGAUCACUGCUUCAACAGUCUGGAAGUGGACUUGAUCCGUGAGCAGGUGCAGAAGCUGGUGUCUCUGCCCAUGUGGAUGUGUCUGCUGCCGACGAGACUGCAGCAGGAGCUGAAGAAGGUCCCAAAACUGCAGAAGUUCUGGAACCUCAUUAAAAAGAACUACGAGAAGAUGGACCCUCAGGAAAUGGAGCAAGCUAAGAAGGAGCGCACCUUCCUCGCCGCUCUCAUUAAGAAAUUCCUGCUGGUUCUCAUGUCCAUCCCUGCGUCAGGCUCCGUCUCCAUGGAGAAGGUUCACUACUGUGAGAGAUUCAUUGAGUUCAUGAUUGACCUGGAGGCUCUCCUCCCGACCCGGCGCUGGUUCAACACAGUUCUGGACGACGCUCAUCUGGUGGUCAACUGCCAGCUGUCUCACCUCACCGACAGGGAGAAAGAGGGUCACCUGUUCUGUCAGCUGCUGGACGUGUUGAAGUUCUAUGCGGGCUUUGAGAUCAGUGAUCAGACAGGAAACGCUCUCACGCAGAAGGAGAUGACCACACUGCACUACGACAGGAUCACCUCUCUACAGAGAGCAGCGUUUGCUCAUUUCCCUGAGCUCAAUGAUUUUGCCCUGUCUAAUGUGGCGGCCGUGGACACGCGAGAGUCCCUCACCAAACACUUCGGCCAUCUCAGUCCCAAUACCCUCCACCGGGUGUCGGCAUACCUGUGUCUCCUGCCUGAGCUUCCUGAUGGAGAAGAAACGUCUUACGAGAAAGAGUUCCUUCUGGAGCUGCUGGUGUCCCACCAUGAGAGACGAAUCUCCCAGAUAGAACAGCUCAACCAGAUGCCUCUGUACCCCACCGAGAAGAUCAUCUGGGAUGAGAACAUCGUCCCCACAGAGUACUAUUCAGGAGAAGGUUGUCUAGCUCUACCGAAGCUGAACCUGCAGUUUCUGACCCUGCAUGACUACCUGUUGAGGAACUUCAACCUCUUCCGACUGGAGUCCACCUAUGAAAUCCGGCAGGAUAUCGAGGACGUAGUACUACGGAUGAAGCCAUGGCAGUCGGAGUAUGGAGGAGUGGUGUUUGGAGGAUGGGCUAGAAUGGCACAGACCAUAGUGUCUUUUUCUAUCGUGGAGGUGGCCAAGCCAAACAUCGGAGAGAACUGGCCUGCCCGUGUCCGUGCUGACAUCACCCUUAACCUCAACAUCCGAGAUCACAUCAAAAACGAAUGGGAGGGGCUGCGGAAACACGACGUUUGCUUUCUGAUCACGGUGCGGCCCAACCUGCCGUACGGCACGCGCUUUGACCGCCGGCAGCCGUUUGUGGAUCAGGCUGGUCUGGUGUAUGUGAGAGGCUGUGAGGUGCAGGGCAUGCUGGAUGAUAAGGGCCGCGUCAUAGAGGAAGGUCCUGAUCCGAAGCCCAAACUCAGAGGUGACACCAGGACGUUCCGGGUAUGGCUCGACCCAAACCAGUACCAGCAGGACAUGACCAACAGCAUCCAGAACGGAGCAGAAGACCCCUAUGAGACCUUCAAUAUUAUCAUGAGACGCAAACCCAAAGAGAACAACUUCAAGGCUGUGCUUGAGACCAUUCGUAACCUCAUGAACACAGAGUGUGUGGUUCCCAACUGGCUUCACGACAUCAUUCUGGGUUAUGGAGACCCCGGUAGUGCCCAUUACUCAAAGAUGCCAAAUCAGAUUUCCUCCCUGGACUUCAACGACACCUUCCUGUCCAUCGAGCACCUGAAGUCCUGCUUCCCCAAUCACACGGUGAAGGUGACGGAGGAAGAUCCUGCUCGACAGGUCCCGCCUUUCAGAAUUCGAUUCCCUGUGCAGAAUGUGAAGGGUAAGAAGCGUAAAGCAAAUGAGGAGGAGACACAUGAUGAGGAAGAUCAGACGCUGGUGGUGGAGCCUCAUGUGAUUCCCAACAGGGGGCCGUAUCCCUACAACCAGCCCAAGCGAAACACCAUCCAGUUUACACCAACCCAGAUUGAAGCCAUUCGUGCAGGGAUGCAGCCCGGCCUUACUAUGGUUGUUGGUCCUCCCGGCACAGGAAAAACAGACGUGGCUGUUCAGAUCAUCUCCAACCUGUACCACAACUUCCCCGAGCAGAGGACGCUUAUCGUCACACACUCCAAUCAGGCUCUGAAUCAGCUGUUUGAGAAGAUUAUGGCGUUAGACAUCGAUGAACGGCACCUUCUGCGUAUGGGUCAUGGAGAAGAAGAGCUAGAGACUGAGAAAGAUUUCAGCAGGUAUGGGCGAGUCAACUAUGUGCUGUCCCGCCGUCUGGAGCUCCUGCGAGAGGUGGCGCGUCUGCAGGAGAGUCUGGAUGUGCCCGGUGAUGUGUCCUACACAUGUGAGACCGCUGGACACUUCUACCUCUACCAGGUCAUGUCUCGUUGGGAGGAAUACAUGAGUAAAGUGAAGCCAAAGCCCAGCCGGGAGGUGCAGGUGGCGGACGUGGCGUCGCACUUCCCCUUCCAUAAGUACUUCUCCAACGCUCCUCAGCCGGUGUUCAAGGGCCAGUCUUACCAGGAGGACAUGGACAUCGCUGAGGGCUGCUACCGCCACAUCCGCAAGAUCUUCACCCAGCUAGAGGAGUUCAGGGCGUUUGAGCUGUUGCGCAGCGGGCUGGACCGAUCCAAAUACCUGCUGGUGAAAGAGGCCAAGAUCAUCGCCAUGACCUGCACACACGCCGCCCUCAAACGCCAUGACCUGGUGGAGCUGGGCUUCAAGUAUGAUAAUAUCCUGAUGGAGGAGGCAGCUCAAAUCCUGGAGAUCGAGACCUUCAUCCCUCUACUGCUACAGAACCCAGAGGACGGCUACAGUCGACUCAAACGCUGGAUUAUGAUUGGUGAUCAUCAUCAGCUGCCUCCUGUCAUUAAGAACAUGGCCUUUCAGAAAUAUUCCAACAUGGAGCAGUCGCUUUUCACCCGCUUUGUGCGUCUGGGUGUCCCCACCGUAGAUCUGGAUGCCCAGGGCAGAGCUCGGGCCAGUCUGUGUAACCUGUAUAACUGGCGCUAUAAGCAGCUGGGGAACCUCCCUCAUGUUCAGCUCCAGCCAGAGUUCCAGGCGCCAAACCCCGGCUUCACCUACGACUUCCAGCUCAUUAACGUGGAGGACUUCAACGGCGUGGGUGAAUCAGAACCCAACCCGUACUUUUAUCAGAAUCUGGCAGAGGCUGAGUAUUCAGUGGCGCUGUUUAUGUACAUGCGUUUGCUGGGAUAUCCCGCUGAACGCAUCAGUAUACUGACCACCUACAACGGCCAAAAACAUCUAAUACGAGACGUCAUCAACCAGAGAUGUGCCAACAACUCAUUCUUCGGACAGCCCAAUAAAGUGACCACAGUGGACAGGUUUCAGGGUCAACAGAACGAUUACAUCAUCCUCUCACUGGUCCGCACCAAAGCUGUAGGACAUUUGAGAGACGUGCGGCGUCUGGUUGUGGCCAUGUCUCGAGCGAGGCUCGGCCUCUACAUAUUUGCUCGAGUGUCUCUGUUCCAGAACUGCUAUGAGCUGACGCCAGCUUUUAGCCAGCUGACCGCUCGACCCCUGCAGCUGCACAUCCGGCCCUAUGAAUACUACAGCUCUACGGAGGAGCGUUCCGCCCAGCCCGAUAAGGUGGUCAAGGAUAUGCCAGAGAUGGCUAACCUGGUUUACAACAUGUACAUGCACAUGAUUCAGAGCACACAGCAGUACAGACAACAGAACCUCCUGGAUCCUCCUCGUCAGGUGCUGGAGUCAGCGGCGCCCAUGGAGGCCGAGGAAGAGCGUCCUGAGACUCCGAGUCACAGUGAGGAGCAGCAGACUGCCGCUGAGGAAGAGGAGCAGCAGAAGAAGAUGGAGGAGCAGGAGCAGGAGCAGGAUCACGCUAAAAUGCCUGAACACCCAGGUAGAGACAGCGACAGCGGGGACAGUGACGAGGACCAAGAGGCCUAGAGAGUCUCUUUCUGUUGUUGUGUUUUUAGGAAUGAUUGUUGGGAUGUUAAUUUACCUUUUUGUAAGAGGAGUUUUUUAAUAAAAUGUAAUUAAAACUGCAUUCUUUAAGUCAUGCUUUUAUUCAUUUAUCUUACACCACGUCCUUUUUCUUUACUAAAAAUCAGAUGUGUUGUAUCUCCGUGGCCAGUUUUCCAUUAGACACCGGCAUUAUCCUGUAUCCGUGAUAUUCUAUUAUAGUUUUUGUUAACAAGAUUAACUUAACACUUUAUAACUGAAGACUUUUGAGUAAGAUUUUAUUUUUAUAUUUUCUGUUUUCAUGUAGUUUAGUUUUAGUACUUCAGCUUAAACUAAACAAAAGUGAGAAUUUCUUCAUUUAAAGUUUUAGUAAUUUUGUUGUUUUUGCCAUUUUUAUUAGUUUUUUAAUGUCUUUAGUUUAAGUUUUUGAUAUUUUAGUACUUAAUAUUUAAACAAAAAUAAAUUGUAAUUUUUAAAUUUAUAGUAAUUUUGUUGUUUUUGUCAUUUCGGGGUUUUUUUAAAUUUCUAGAUAAAUUUUAUUAAAUUAGUUUUAGUUUAGUUAUAUUAGUACUUUUCAAAGUUUUUAUAUUUUAAGUUUUUUUAGUAUCUUUAUAUAGUUUUAAGUUUUAGUUCAUUUAGUACUUAAACUAAAUGAAAAGGACAUAUUUUAUGUUUUCAUUUAAACUUUUCAUUUUAAAUCAUUUUCAUUUUGUUGUUUUUGUCAUAUUAGUUUUUUUAAUUUCUAGAUAAAUUUUAUUAACUUAGUUUUAGUUUAGUUUUUUUAGUACUUUUCAAAGUUUUUUAUAUUUUAUUUUAGUAUCUCUAUAUAGUUUCUUUUAGUUAACUUAGUACUUAUACUAAACGAAAAUGAAAUUUUUUUUUUUUGUCAUUUUUAUUCAUUUAGUUUUAGUACUUUACAAAAUUUAUAUUUUAUUUCAGUUAAUGUUUAUUUCGGGAUAAUGUUUAUUUUGUUUUAUUUUUUUUAUUAUGGUUUUGCGUUUUAGUUAACAAUAAUAGCCGUGUCCUGUAAAGGGUGAACUUGAGCACAUAUCUGAGCGUCGAUCACAUGAAUGUGUUGGUUGUGUAACUCGUGAAAGGCGUCCAUUCUCACGAGCGUCUGUCCUCGGUGCUGCUAGUGCUGUGACUUACUGCUGGGAACUCCACUGCCUUCAUCAGGGUCUCUGGCGUCUGGCAACAGGAACUGGGUGGUUUGGAUGUCGAGGAAACAUUAACAGACCUUUCAAGGACGAUUUUUUUUUCACGCAACUCAAGAGACACUCCCACUGAGGAUGUCGUGUGGCACAUGUUUUUGGGCCGUCAUAUGGCUGCUGGUGCUGCUGAUUUUGGGAUGGCCCUUGAGCAUUAUGCUGGGGGGUCUCUACGGCCUCAUCGCCCCGCUCACCGUCUGCGUCGGCCUGGACCGGCUGGCCGACCUGCUGAUGGAGGGGGCCAACCUGGGCCGAAAGUGUGCUCAGAACAUGAGGCACGGCAAACCGCUGUGCUGAGACCACGAGCCCGACGUGUCCAGAAGAUUCCUCACUUUCACAUCUUUUCAUUUAAGCUGUAUUAGUCAACGUGAACUGUUUUUGACGUCAUUUACUGUACGGUCGGUUCUCUGUGUGACUAUAACCUGACGCAUCCUUAAACACUUUCCUGCUUCCUCUCUGUAUCUGUUGCUCCCAGGCUGUUUGAAUAUGAAAAAUUAAAUGAUUCUGAUAAAA